CACCCCCUUCCUUCUUCCCACCGCGUUGGUGCUUUCUCUCUCCCGAUCUCCCACCGCGUCGGCCUCCCCGUCUCCCCCCUCCCCAUCCUCGCCGGCGAGGCCACCGGCGGGGCCGCCGCUCCAGCGCCCAUGGACGGCAUAGAGGGCCUCCUGGCCCGCGACUUCGGCGUGCGGCCGCAGGGCAAGGCGGCGCCCAUGGCCGGCGCCGCCUCCCGCCCCGCCGCCGGAUCCGCCGCCGGUGCUGCCGCGUGGUCCAACCCCGGCAGAUCCGCUUCGGUAGCCUCCGCGGCCCCGUCCUACGACGACCUCUUCGGCGCCCCCGCCCCCGCCUCCGCAUCCUCCUUCGACUCGCUCUUCGACUCGUUCAAGGGCCCCACCACCGCCACCAGCAGCAGCGCGGCGAGGGCCAAGCCGGCGCCUUCAUCGGCCCCGGUCUUCGACGACGACAUCUUCGACGCGGUCCCCGGGCUGCGGCCCUCCAAUUCCUCCGCGCGGUACGACGACGGUGUGUUCGGGGCGGCGGCCCCGGCGUACGACGACGUGUUCGCAGCCGGAACCCGCUCCGCGCCGCCGCCCGCGUACGAGGACGACGACCUCCUCGGGGGGUUCGGGAGCGCGCCGCGGGCCGAGGAGAAGAGGAGGCUGGCGGCGGUUGACGACGAGGGGGACGACCUGCUCGGGGGAUUCGGGAGGAAGCCGGCGCCUGUGGAGGAGGAGGGAACAACCGGGGGCGCCGGGUUCGAUGAUCUGAUCCCGGGGUUCGCGGGGAGCAGCCCGCCGAGGAGCAGAAAGGCUAAUGAUGAUAACAAAAUGAAGCCACCAGUUCCAACUUCUAAAUCGACAGCUAGCAUUGCAGAUGACCCAUUUGUUGUUCUAGAAACAGCCUCUGCUUCAGGUUCUGCAUAUACAUCCCCAGGAAGAUCCACAGAUCCCUUGGAAGAUCUGGAUAAGCCUGCAAACUCUGAAGGCAAGGUUGCUGCUGAUAGUUUAUUUGAGGAACCAAUUGCUUUUGACCAGGCCCCAAAAUCAGAUCCUUUGUUUACCUCUGAAAUCAAUGGUCAUGCCAAGGACAGGAACCCACCAAGCAUGGGCCGAGAUUCCAGCCCUGUACACCAUUCAAUGGAUAGAAAUCCAGCACGUCAAUCUUCUAUGGAGGACCUUGGUAACGUCAUGCCUAAGUCACAGUCUGCAAGGUAUUCUGAUAUUCAUGGUAAUGAUAUGGAGGAUCAGUCACCAAGAUCUACUGAGUCUGAAGAUGAUAUAUGGCUUACAGUUUCUGAGAUUCCUCUUUUCACACAACCAACUACUGCUCCACCACCUUCCCGAUCACCACCUCUUCUUAAGCAAAAACCACUGGGAGCAAAUGCAAAUGGAAAGGAGAAUGGGCAUGUUCGUCGGUCCAGCCAAAAUCACAACCAUUACACCUCUUCUGUAGAUGACCUGGAAGGUUUUGCCAUGGGCAAACCUCAAAUGCCUGCUUAUGAUAAAAAUGUUUUUGAUGAAGAUUUUGAAAUAAGUUCAUCUGAUCGUGAAGAGAAAGAUAGGCAAGAAAGGUUGGAACAAGAAAGGGAAAUGAGACUGAGGGAGGAAAUGGAGAGAGAGCGGAGAAGACUUGAAAAGGAGAGACAGAUGGAACAACAAAGAGAAAGAGAGAGAGAAAGACAAGCAGUGGAGAGGGCUACAAAAGAGGCACGGGAGAGAGCAGCCGCUGAAGCUCGUGCAAAAGCUGAAAGAGAGGCCCGCCAGCGUGCACAGCGUGCUGCUGUGCAAAGGGCUCAACAGGAAGCCCGUGAGAGAGCUGCAGCCGAGGCCAAAGAAAGAGCAGCUAGGGUUGCUGCUGAAGCCAAGGAGAGGGCUGCUGCUGAAGCAAAGGAGAGGGCUGCUGCUGAGGCGAAGGAGAGGGCCGCCGCUGAAGCUAAGGAGAGGGAACGGGCUGCUGCUAGGGAGAGGGCUGCAGCAGAAAGAGCUGCUGCUGAGAGAGCUCAGCAAGAAGCAAGGAAGAGAGCUGAAAGAGCUGCAGUGGAAAGAGCUGCUGCUGAGGCUCGAGAAAGGCAGGCAGCAGCAGCUGCUGCUGCUGCAAGAGAAAAACAGAGCACACCAGAUGAUCUUGAAUCAUUCUUUGGUGCGGAUGCUUGUGCCAGUAGUGCACCGAAGCAGAGGGCUCCAACCCCAACGGUGGAUUCUAUGUUUGGUUCUGGAGCUCAAGGUAGGGGAACUGCUAAUGGAUCACAGAGGGCAGCAUCAACCUCGGCAUCUGCGAGAAAAGCGUCAUCAGCCUCACUUUUUGGGGAUGAUUUGUCUGACUUGUUUGGAGCCCCUGCAUCAUCUGAUGUAUUUCAAGAGGUUGAGGGCGAGAGUGAAGAAAGAAGGCGUGCUAGGCUAGAACGUCACCAGAGGACCCGUGAACGAGCGGCAAAAGCUCUGGCUGAGAAGAAUGAACGAGAUAUGCAGGUUCAGAGGGAGCAGGCAGAGAGAGAUAGAAUUGGAGACACACUUGACUUUGAAAUUAAGAGGUGGUCUGCUGGAAAAGAGGGCAACUUGCGUGCUUUGUUAUCAACUUUACAAUAUAUACUUUGGCCAGAAUGUGGAUGGCAAGCUGUAUCCUUGACCGAUUUGAUCACUGGCGCUGCUGUUAAAAAGCAGUACAGGAAGGCGACAUUGUGCAUUCAUCCUGAUAAGGUGCAACAGAAGGGUGCAACUCUUCAGCAGAAAUAUAUUGCCGAGAAAGUCUUUGAUAUCCUUAAGGAGGCAUGGAACAAAUUCAAUUCUGAAGAGCUCUUUUGAAGCAAUAUCUGUGAAUAUACAUCUGGACAGCUUAACUGUAUACCGACACGGAGCCUUGGAGUAGCAAGAUACAAAUGAACACAGCCAAAUGUUCACUACAAUUGUCAUUGUUUAACAGAUUCUGUUCAAUUGCCCCUCCCUUGUACUGUGCCCUUGCCCUCAUCUGUAUGUGUUCACUCCAUGGUACUUCCACUGCCACAGCUCUGUAUAUGUAGCCUUCUGUUGAUUUGAGAGCUAAUGGCAUGUCUUUUUUUUACCCUUUCUUUCGGAUAGUUUUUACAGGGUGAUUUACCUCAUACAACCAGGAUUACACUGUAUCACUUCUCAAACUAUCUCGUGUACAAUGGACCACAGAUUCAAACUGCAUGCAGUUGGUGCCUAGCAUUGUUGAUUUCUACCGUAAGAGAUGUACACUCUACAGAAUGUACUAUUGUCGAUUUGAAAUGUGUUUUGGUUUACUCAAA